AUGUUCAGUAAAUUUGGCACAAAGAUCGCGCUGCAAAGAGCUGGAUUGGGAAAUAUCUCUCUCCCCAAAACAGAUAAUCUAUUCGGCAACGGCAACACAAACAGCGCCUCCAAAAACGAUGCCGAAGGCAGUAACGGCGGUCUCGCCAAUCCCUUUGCGAAUGUGCAAUGGGGCGUACCAAAAGUCCUUGCUUCAUGGUCCACCCCAGCAGCGCCCCAGAAUUCCCUUCGGGAGCCACCGAUUAUUGGCGAGAGAGCGCAGUCAAACUCGAAACUCAGGUUCCCUGCGGUGGAUCGGCGACCGUGUGUGUUACUAUUUCUGAGGUUUACUGGUUGUCCUUUCACAGAGAAGCUGUUCCUCCAACUUCGUAGCCUCGCAAACCGACAUACUGCUAUCCAUUUCAUCGCCAUAUCGCAUUGCACACCAGAGUCUACAGCAGAGUGGGUCCGCAAGCUGGGUGGAGCCUGGAACAUCGAUGUAAUAGUGGAUCAGACACGGGAGCUGUACGCGUUGUGGGGACUCGGUAUAUCGAACUGGGGGCAUGUGUUGAACCCCCGUAACGGGUACAACCAGUACAUGCUGGGCAAGAAAGAAGGCGUAUGGGGACAGCCGGGAGUCGGAGAGGGAGGUUGCAGGUGGCAGGUCGGAGGGGCGUAUGCUAUCGAUGAACGAGGAGUCGUCAAGUGGGGUGGGCCCAUGAAGAGUGUAGACGACAUGAUAGUGUUCGAGGAUGGUGUCAAAUCCCUGGGAUACUGA